UGCUCACUACUUUCUCACAUCAUCUUAUCCAAAUUUGAUGGAUUUUUUCAGACAAAACACAUUCGAUUCUUCUUCAGAGGGAAGUUUGUCGAGUGGUGGCGAGCCGAUGUUGUUAUUGGCGUCGGAGAGACCCAAGAAGCGAGCGGGACGGAGGGUUUUCAGGGAGACGAGGCAUCCCGUGUACAGAGGAGUACGAAGGAGGAACAACGACAAGUGGGUUUGCGAGGUUCGUGUGCCGAAUGAUAAGACAAGAAUUUGGCUCGGAACAUAUUCCACGGCGGAGAUGGCCGCUCGUGCUCAUGACGUGGCGGCACUGGCUCUUCGUGGGAAGUCGGCUUGCCUUAAUUUCGCUGACUCGUCUUGGAGGUUGACUCUGCCGGAAUCAACCAAUGCGGCGGAGAUUAGGAGCGUGGCCGCUCUCGCUGCUCAGGAAUUCGGCCGGAGUAGCAAUAGUGAUGAUGUUGAAGUUUGCAGCAGUCGCGGUAGUACAACGGUCGACGACGAAGUCAUCGGAGAUGCGUCGCCGUCGAAUAUUUUGCAGGAUUACUGUGAAGAAGAAGAGAGGUACAUCGAUCAAACUCCGGAGGCGUCGACGGAGUUUGACGAGCUCCGUCAUUUGUUGUUGAAUAUGGCGGAGGAACCUCUCCGAUCGCCACCCUCUUUUAGACCAUAUGGUUGGAGCUGGAAUGACGUGGAGGUUGAUACUGAGGUCUCACUGUGGCAGUAUUGAGAGCUCUAGGCGUUGCUCGUAUGAAUUACCGUAACAUCGUUUAAUUUGUGACGCGCAAAUAUGUUAUUUUGUAAUAUUAUCAGUUUUUUUUAAAGGGUCUUUUGAAAAUACCAAUAAAAAAAAAAUAAAACGGAGUCAGCAUCUCCAGCUUGUAUACGUAGAAAAGUUGCUUCAUGAAAAUGACAGGCCAGGUCUUUAUUCUUAACCUUGGACUAAGGUCAAAUGUUUGACUAUUAAGAACAUACAAAAGUUAUUUGUAAUUUAAUCUGUCCUAUCCUUGUUAUAAGAAUAUUUCUCAUAUUUUUUAAUAUAAGA